UUAGGUUUCAGAUUGCAUACCCGUGCAGGAGGAGUGUGCCUUUCACUCAAUGAUAUCUCCAAAAGAGAGUGUACAGGCUUGGAUUGGAUGUGCUGAUUUCCUGCAAUACUAUAUAGAUUUAGUUUGGCUAUUUUAAUAUAUUAAAAAGCACUGGAGCAUUCAACAGAUAAAGUAGAAGUUUAUAAUAUACAUUAUAAGAUAUAAGGUGCUGGUAAUAGACGAGGUAUUCAGUUACAGUAAGUAAGUUGACUUUUUCCAAAUUAUAAAAAAUAUAAAAAGUGUAUGUGUUACCUUGUGUGCUUAAUUGCAACUUUUGAAGUAAUUAGUUUGGAUUCUAAUAGUAAUUUUUUCAAAAAGCGAUUUAUUCAUUCGCUUAAAAGUAAGACCUGGCUGUAAAAGGUUUCAUCAAUUUUGGAUAUGUACAGCAAGUAUUUGAAAAUCGCGUUUCUGAAUUUGACAUUUUUGGUGCGUGUGCUAAUGGCUUAUGAAUGCACGCCAUGUGAGCUCCGGACUUGUGUGAAGAACCCCUCUGGUACCUGCGAGGCUGACCGGACCCUAGCCCGAGACCCAUGUGGAUGCUGCGAUUACUGUACCCGGCUGGAGUGGGAGCCUUGCGGGGGAAAGAACUGGGAAGCAGGGUACUGUGGCGUGGGCUUGAGUUGCGCAACAGUGAAUGGGACAGGACGUGUGACUAUACCUGAUGUAGGAGUCUGUAAAGUUUUACCAAGCAAUCCGAAUGCAGGUGUAGAAGAUGAAGACUGUCCUGAAAUGAGUGGCUGUAACAGAAAAGCAGGGUUGUGUUCUUGUGACACUCGACGCACCUGUAUUUAUGCAUUUAGCUAUACCAAUUUAGAAUCCUGCAUUAGAGCAACAGGAUCAGACCAGCAUCAGGAAAAAGAUCCUGGAAUAAAAUACAAGUUCCCCAGUGUCUCUGGUUCUGCUGCCUGUGUUUUCUCUGGGUGUAACCUGACUGAUCGAGGUUGUGUGUGUGAAUCACAGAGCUGCCAUGACAACUUUUCCUACUUGAACAACAAUGAAUGUCAGAUGGCAAAAGAUCAACUGAAGUGUGCUGGAGUCACUUGCCCAAAACAACCUAUUCUGGAUUGCCCCAAGGGUUCUGUGCUGAGCAAGACAUACACUCCACCAGCAGCCUGCUGCCCUUCAGUGCCAGCAUUCUGCACCUGCAACUUCCGUGUCUGUGAAGAAAGGGAGUGUUCCCAUGGAUACCAGCCGGUCCUGGUUAUGGAAGGAAAGGGAAUCCCCGGAGAGUGCUGUGAUGAAUAUGAGUGUCAAAGAGUUUCACCAAAGUGUGUGCACAAUGAGAAGGAAUACGCAGAGGGGCAGGUGUAUCGGAUGGAUACCUGCUGGCUGUGCCAGUGUCGAGGGGGGAUAUCUUUCUGCUCCAAAGCUGAAUGUGCUGAGCUGGAAUGUGAGAGUUUCUACAUCCCAGAGGGAGAAUGCUGCCCAGUGUGUAAAGAUACAGGGUUGUUUUCUCUCGGGAGCAGUGGAGCGAGCUGCUGGGUAAACAACAAACUGAGGCACCAUGAAGAGCAGUGGAAAGAGGAUGACUGUACGUUCUGUCAGUGUGUUGAUGGGGAUCCUCACUGCACCGCCAUGGCAUGCAAACAGACCUGCCAAAACCCAGUCAAGAUACACGGAGAGUGCUGCUCGUUCUGUGAAGAGCCUACGUAUGAAACAGUUAGUCCAAUUACCUGUCCGAAACUGGAGAACUGCACUCUUUCAGAGAAAGACUGUCCAUACGGAUUUAUGCAAGAUAAGAAUGGAUGCUUGCUAUGUAAAUGCUUAACAAAUGAAUCUUGUCCAGAUCUGGACACGUACUGCUCACUCCAGUGUCCCUUUGGUUACGAGACGGAUGAUUAUGGCUGUCCUGUAUGUGAAUGUACUUCUCAGAUACCUAAAUGUCGUCCGAUGUCCUGCAGUAAGACCUGUCCAUAUGGAUAUGUGAGAAACAAACAUGGCUGUGAGAUGUGUCGCUGUGUGAAAUGCCCUCCUUUUACUUGUGAUAAGGAAUGCCGGGAGGGUUAUCAGCAGAAUAAGAAAGGGUGCUCCAUCUGUCUGUGCAAAGAGACCAAACAUGUUCCAAGCACUUCACUUCCUGCUCCCAAAGCCAACUACUGUGUCACAGCUACUGGUGAUGGUUAUGAGGAGGGGGAGAGCUGGCAUGACGGCUGUCGGGAUUGUUUCUGUCAGGCUGCUCGGGAGAUGUGUGUGUUGAUUACAUGCCCUGUUCCAAGCUGUUUACAUCCUGUGGUCCGAACAGGCCAGUGCUGCCCGAGCUGUGAAGAUGAAUCUGGCAGUGGACAGCAGCCUGAUGCAGUUGAUCUUGCUGUGUGCAAAGCCCCAGGAGGAGAAUUCUAUGUGGAAGGAGAGACGUGGCAGCUUGAUGAGUGCACCUACUGUACCUGCAGGAAGGGCCGUGUUCUGUGUGACACCGAGGUCUGCCCUCCCGUUCUCUGCCAAACGCCUGUCAAAAGCAUGGAUACAUGCUGCAACACUUGCCCAGAUGACCAUCUUAAACCACUUUUACCUGUAAACAGCAGUCAGCCUGAGUACUGUAUAUCCAGCGAAGGAGAGAUUCUUUUGGCUGGAGAAUCUUGGAAAGCUAAUCCCUGCACAAGCUGCACAUGCAGUAAUGGAACCAUCCAGUGCUUCUCUCAAAGCUGCCCUCCUGCUUUUUGCAGAGUUCCUGUCUUGCGGAAAGGGCAAUGUUGCCCAUAUUGCUUAGAUGGCACAAAGGUCUUGCCAACGUUGCUGUCAACUCUUACCCCCUCUGUGAAAACCUAUCCAGAGGACACUGAACAAUGGUUGUCCACAACUGAAGUUCCACACAUUAUUUCAAUUACAGAAGGAAAAAUUCAAAAUGAAGAUUACCCAAGCCAGACGGAGGUUGCAUUGAUAUACCAAUCUGCAGCCUGGAUUCUAGCCGGUAUAUUGCUGACUACUGUCAUAUUCCUCAUAGCUGCUCUUGUAAUAAACAAGAAGAAAUGGGUACAAAUGCCUUGCUACAGUGCACCCAAAAAGACCGUAAUUUUGAAAAAACAUGUGAACAAAAACUCUGUCGUAUAUAUGGAGCCUUCAAAGGAGAAUGCAUUUCGAAAUGUCAGGAAUGAAUGCAGAGUAAAUGUGCCCACAGAAGCAAGUUCAAAUCAGCAAUGAAAGACACAGCGAUCAAGCAGAAAAACAGCAGCAGCAGCAAAGCCGGCUGCUGGGAUAGAAACACACACGGGGGCCUGGGAUUUGGGUUUCAUUUUACAGCCCAUAAAAUGGACAUUCAUUGAAUGGAUAUUGCAAUGCAAAACUAAGUACAUCUGCAAUCUUAUCUUGUGAUCUUUUAUAUAUAAAUUUACUAAAGCUUUAAAUAACCUCAACUAAGGCAAACCCUGUGUGCAACAGUAUGAAUUGAAAAUGUGAUAUUCCUCAACCAUUCCCACACAGCCAAAUCCAGUACGCAGUCGGCACUCACAUAUCCGACCCUAUAAUUUCUGACAUCAGUGAUGGUUGUGACUCAUAUCUGAUUAUUUCAUUUUGGCCCGUUCCAACUCUUGUCCGUUUUUCAGGGAACACAAAAAAGGUACAAUGUCAAAAAUACAUAGCUGAAAGGACUGUGUUUGUAAAAUAAGUAGGCUUCCAUUUAGAUGUACUGUAGUUGGUUUUGUUAGUACAGUACUAUUUUCAACGUAUGAUUCUGAAAAUAUCACUUGCCAAAACAGACGACACGUGGGCUGUAAUACAGUACGUACUUUUAAAUCCGGUUUCCAGUAAACGACCGUUAACGACAGCAAAAUGAAAUCAAAAUGUUACCCAUGCACAGAACUGCGUAAAACAUAAAAGGCAAUGCAAUUUAGCAAUAGAUUUUUAAAAAAAAGUUUCCAGAAAGUCAGUAUUCAAAAUCAGUAAUAUAGUGCUCGAUAUGGCCCUAAUGUUACAGUUCAACAGUUGUGAAAAUGCACAAAAGCAACUAAAGAUUACUGAUUAAAAAAAUAAAAUAAAAUAAAAUACAUCACAGUAUCAAACUGGUUAAUGAUUAACUGUUUUACAUUACAAUAGCUGGUCUCGUUUGCUUUAUUUUUGCUGCAUUUUCGUCAGGUUAAACUGCAUGAAGCGCUGUGUAACUGCACAAUAAAGACAGACUGAUUUGCACAUGCAAGAAAAAAAUGCAGACUGACGGAUAGUCAAAUAAAUAGUAACAUUGAAGAGAUGGGCUUGUAUCAGAAAAAUGGCGAGUGUGAAAUCACGAGUGACAGGUAAGUGCAUUAAUUUGUUAUAUAUAAAAUGGGAAUUGAUUUGUUUCUUAAUACAAGGACAGUAAAACGCGUACCUGAGUGUCGUAUAUCCGAGUGCUCACUGUGUAACAGUACAAUGCUUACACAAAUAAACGUACGUCAUUGUUUAUACUGCAUCUGCAUUGCCUUUUCGCAUUGUUUUAAUGGAAAGGAGAUUCAGAACACCUUUUACUCAACUGUAUUUAUUUGACAGCAAAACAGCACAGAACUGUUAAAGUCUUACUUAAAAUGCUUAAAUUCAAUGACAAAUGCUGAAAGACAUCAGAAAGGCUUCUUGUAGCAAUGCUUGUCAUUGAAUGAGUUUCUUUUAGUAUUUCCAAAUUCAGUACUAUUGGGUGUUUAAUAGUUAUGGAUGCUAAAGUAUUACUUACCUGUUCCUCAAAUGUCAUGCAUUCUCUCUACCCAUAUUUGGAGCAUUUUAACAUUAUAGCUACUGCAAUGAGUUUUGAACGCUUUCAAAAGCAUUCAGCUACCCUAAUCUAAAGAAUUUACCAGCAGCAUGCAGCAGACCGUGUAUAUGCUUGCCUCCUUACUAAUGGGUUUUUAACAAGAGCUCAAAAAGAGAAGCACGUUUUAUUUAACACAAAUUCUGCAUUACCUGGUCACUAAUUUUGUAUGAAGUAAACUACAGAGGACAAAAAAAAAAAAAAAUGGCGGCAAACACUUAGCAGCGUUACAGUUCUUAAAACAUACUUUAUCAGGUUAAAUUGUAUGUACAUGAAUUCUACUGGUAAAAGCUGGGAGUGAGGUAGCUUUGAUUACACCUCAUGUGUAUUGCAGCAGCUGUGGAAUUUUGGCACAGUAGUUCUAUAGAGGGUUAAGCCUCUCUCACAAUCACAGGGCUCCCUCUAUGUCGCUACCUGACUUGUACAUCAAAAAAAAAACAUGAGACAUUGAAAACAGUGGUAUUAAUGGAGGGUCCUUAUGCAGGAAAAUAUAGGACUUUUACCAUUUACUGUCAACAUGGCCUAGUGAAUAAACCAAAUGAGUGAAUUAUGAAAUGUAUGUUUUUUAAAAAAACGUUUUUCAAAAGGGCCAUCGGUACAACAAAAAAGAUGGGCACCAGAGAAGGUUUUUAAGCAUCUUUAACAAGACAAAAUGAGGACAACUGUUUCAGCUGGAAGUCUAAAUCACUUCUAUUUUUAGGGCACAUUAGGUAAGUAAAUUGUAGACACACCAGCAUAUGGUCCCUAUUUUUAAAAGCCUAACACUAGCAGGUUGAUGAUCUCUGCGGAUAUAGGUUCUGCUGAUUUUAAAAAUGAGAAUUGUAUAUUUCUGUGGUUCAUUGCGACAAGCUGCUUCUACCACAUGCAUGUUUCACAAAACGGUUACAUCAUUUAAAUGAUUUGUUUGUAAAAAAUACUUAAUAUAUAAAAAAAAUAUAUAACAGUACAGAGCAAUGCAGAGUUUCUUAAAUUAUAGGAGAGCUGUGAAAGAUGGGUGCCAUAUUAUUGACAGCUGGAGCAAAGGUGCAGUAGUUGCAUAUUUGGUUUUAUAUAAAAGCACUACUGUUCUGAUGAGCUUGUUUUACUACAUGUAAAAUACAUUACAAAAUUAUUGCGGAUUGUUCAAACAAACUAUUGUUAUUCUAUUAUUAUUAUAUGGUUUACAUAUAAAGAGAUUUUUAUUUUGGGGUAUCUUAUUUUUUGGACAGUGUGCUUGUAUACUAAUAACAUAGAGUUAACUUGCUGUGAUGAUGAUAUUCAAGAAUAUUACUAAUCUUAACUUUAAGUGUUUUCUAAGGCAUGGGGAGAAAAGCUACAUGUUAAAUGCUUUUGCAAAUGCUUGUAACCAAGUGUAAAAAUAAGCAUAUCAAAUUAGAUGAAAGAGAGUUCCUUAUUUAUUUUUUCACAUAGCUUUAUUUAUUAUUAAUAAAACUAGUUUUAAAAGCUAAUUAGAGUGGUCAGCAGGUAAUGAGCGGAAAGCUCAAUGGAGCCACACCUGCUGUACGUUUUUAGUUGCGUUAACCUUUUUUUUUCUUUGCCUACUUUACUCUUCAGAACAUGUAAAGUUGCUUAUUUAUUUUCCCAACAGCAAAUGUUUGAUUUGUAAAACAUUUUUCCUUGAAAAAUAAAUACAUUUGUGAUCAAAA